AUGCUACCAACCACAGAAUCCAAAGACUCGUAUGUGCUCGUGCACGGAGACCCGCCAUCGCCGACUCCAUUCGGCGCCGACGAUGACACCCCGUCUGUCCCCUCCAAGCCUGACCUUGCCAAGAUCCUCUCCUCCGCUCACGGGCUUCAAGCGCAGCUCGAAGCGCUGGAAGCACAGAGCAACUGCGUCCAGUUCCACAUCGGGCUCAACACGGAGCGCCACGCCGACCUCAAAGCCGAGCUAGAGCACCUCCAGAUGCGCGAAAAGCACCAGAAAGAGGUCACCAAGCUCCUCCUACUCGACCUCGCCCGUCUCAAGUCCAACCCCAGCUCCCUGGCCUUACCCCUCCCCGCGCCGGCCCCCGGUGAAUGCCGCUGCUCCCUCCUCGCCGUUCCGCUCUCCCAACCCUCUGCCUCUUCUUCCUCCUCGUCUUCAUCCACCUCACGCCCGGGGCCGAUGCUCGAGCGCAUGAACACGCUCAAGCUCAGAUCGCUCGGCAAACGGAUCUGGUCCUCGGCGAAAAAGGACGACCCCGCGCGCCUCUCGCUCCGCAAGAAACGCUCCGCGCUCAGCCUCCGCCUCCGGCUCGCGCGCACGCCAUCCACGUCGGACGACGCGCACGAGAAGAAUUUAAAGACGACGCGCCGGCGCCGCGCGAGCUCGGCUGCGUCCAUGGGCAAGGCGGGGUCUACGAGGAAGGCGGCGGCGCUGGACAUCAAGCCGGUGGAAGCGCUGAAGGAGGCGUGCGCGACGCCGAACGGGGGCAAGAUCUCGAAGGCGACGUGGAAGACUGCGAUUAACAGGCGGCGGGAGGACGUCGCUGCAUGA